GCUUAGUGCUCCGAGUGUGGGCUUUGAUUUGUGACAGUCGUGGAGUUAAUUAAUGGAUUUGUGAAGAAUGCCGAGGCACUGGAUAUAGAGUAUCAGCCUGCGUUUUUCCUCGCUUGAGGGUUGACCGAUUUUCCCAAGGAAGGCUGUAGAAGGCCAGAGCGAGAGCGUCCAAUGUGGAUUUUCUCUGCGAAUGCCCAUGACCUUUGAUCGAAUGUGCACAUCACUGCUGCAUGUGGUGGCGUGGUUUUUGUUUUCGCAUAUCUGCCUAGAUCUAUCCGACUUUGGUUUUUCCAAUCGUGAGGCUGGCUUUCAGUGCUUUUCUCCCAAAUAAAGGGGGUCGGACACGUGCUUUCUUGGCUCACCCCUCGUCCCCAACUAGAGCAGACAGCUUGUGUCUGGUGUUCUUGGUGACUCCCAGACAGUGUCCCAGUCUGACUAUCUGGUAUCCAGUCGUAAAGCCUACGAGCGAUAAUGGAGGACUUUUGGACCCUUCAUUCCACUUAUGACUCUGCGAUACAAGUGAACUCCACAUCGAUGAAUUCCCCUCCCCCGCACUCUACGGUGAACUCAAUGGUUGGCCAUCAUUCAAUGAUCGGCUCCUCAGUGAAUGCGUCACGAUCUCUCAGCUCCUCCAUGGGGACCUUGGCUUCCCCGGUGAAUGGAUUGGGAUCUCCGUAUCCAGUCAUCACCUCGUCAAUAGGCUCCCCCUCGGUGACCCUACCGUCAACUCCCGGCAUCAGCUACGGAGCACUCAGCAACCCCCAGAUCAACGCAGUCAACAGUGUCAGUAGUACAGAGGACAUUAAGCCACCACCGGGCCUCAGUGGACUUGGAAACAUGAAUUGUUACAGCCCAAACUCAAUCGCUAAACACAUCUGUGCGAUAUGUGGAGAUCGAUCCUCAGGAAAGCAUUACGGGGUGUAUAGCUGUGAGGGCUGUAAAGGCUUCUUCAAACGGACUGUGCGCAAGGACCUUACCUACACUUGUCGUGACACCAAAGACUGCAUCAUCGACAAACGGCAACGCAAUCGCUGCCAGUACUGUCGCUACCAGAAAUGCCUGGCCACGGGGAUGAAAAGGGAAGCCGUUCAAGAGGAAAGGCAGCGGGGGAAGGAACGAAGCGACAAUGAGCUGGAGCCCAGCAGCAGCGUCAAUGAUGACAUGCCAGUGGAGAAAAUUCUAGAAGCGGAACUAGCUGUGGAGCCAAAGACAGAGACAUACGUGGAUGCCAGUGCAGGAAAUUCGUCCAAUGACCCAGUCACCAACAUUUGCCAAGCCGCCGAUAAGCAGCUCUUCACACUGGUUGAAUGGGCCAAGAGGAUCCCGCAUUUCUCCGAUCUCCCCCUCGACGAUCAAGUCAUUCUCCUCCGGGCAGGUUGGAAUGAGCUACUCAUUGCUUCAUUCUCACAUCGUUCGAUCUCUGUGAAGGAUGGCAUCCUCCUAGCUACAGGGUUGCACGUCCAUCGCAGCAGUGCCCACAGUGCGGGCGUGGGCUCUAUAUUUGACAGAGUUCUGACGGAAUUAGUUUCAAAAAUGAAAGAUAUGCAGAUGGACAAGACUGAGUUGGGGUGUCUGAGGGCCAUCGUUCUCUUCAAUCCAGAUGCGAAAGGUUUAUCAAACCCAGGAGAAGUCGAAUCUCUGAGAGAAAAGGUAUAUGCAUCACUGGAAGCUUUUACAAAACACAAAUACCCGGACCAGCCUGGCAGGUAA